GCCCCAUCACACACACAAUGACCCCCAACCCCACCCCCAACCGCACACCCCCCCAUCCCAGCCUCCUCCUCAUACUACGCCCCCUGCAAUUCCUCACCGCCCUCAUCAUCGCCGCCCUCUACGGCGCCGACCUAGCCCUCAGCAGUGCGCGCCACAGCACCGGCGCGCCGAGCUGGGUGUACGCGGAAGUGGUGGCGGCGCUGUCGGCGCUGACGUGCAUUGCACGGUGCACCUGCGCCUUCUUGGGUACGGGUAUGGGCACGGGCACGGGCACAAACACGGGCAUGAGUGUGCUCGGCUCAUGCCUCUCGUGCCUCUGCGACGCCGUGCUCGCCGUGCUGUGGGCGGCGCUGGCGGGCGUCUUUGGGAGCGUCUUUUUAGGCACACCAUCGCCCGUCUCUGGUGACGAUGGUGGAGGUGAAGGUGGGGUUAAUGGGGUCAACAGCAGCGGGGACAAAGGUGCACUCAAUCAGCGCGCGUACACCACCUCCCUCCCGCGCAUGCGCGCCGCUCUCGCCCUCGAUCUGCUCGGCAUGCUGCUCUGGCUUGCGAGCGCGUGCGUGUGCUGCGUGUGCUGCGUGCGCGCGCGGCGGAGGAGUACAACAACAACAACAACAACAACACAAAAUAACAAAAAGGUGGGCGGGACGCGGAGGCGGGGGGGCAUAGAGGAGCAGUUGGAGUUUGUGCGGGCGAGGCGGGCGGAGCGCGAGGCUGCUGAUAGUGGCAGUGGCAGUGGCAGUGGCAGUGGGAGGUCGUCGAGGGAUGAGGACGACGACGAGUGGGAGGGGGAUACGGAUGUGGAUACAGAGAAGAGCGCGCUGGGUGUUUAGGUCUGGUCCGUGGCGCGUGCGUGCGGGCGGGAGGGCGUGUGUGUUGUAGUGAGGGAUGUGUAUAUGGUUGUGGCGUGUGCCGUGGUGAUAGUAGGUGGGUGGGUAGGGUAGGGUAGGGAGGAAGGCUACCUAUGCGGAUGCAGUGCGUGUAGAAGUGCGAUGAAAAUGGCGAUGUAAAUGGCGAUGUGUUGAGGCGUGAUUGUGGAGGGGGAGGGGGUUGGUGGUGGUGGCGUGUCCUUGCUCUUUCUGUUGCUCUUUUCUUGCUGUUGCUGUUGAU